UUGGGAAAUAUCAUUUCGAAGUACAGCUUGAAGAUCCGGACUCUGAAUCACCCCACAAGGUAGGGGUAGUCAAACCCUCACAACUAGGAUGUAGCAGUUGGUUCGGGUCCUUGAGCCUUUGCCCGGACCACCCGGACCACGGCCUAUCUAUAUACCUAUACCAGGACGGGCUUCUAUUGAGAGCCGCUUAGAUGUGAUUCGGGGUGUCCAUGUCUACCACCCAACUCCAGUGGAUCCUGGUAAUGCCCUAAUAGUGUUUUUGAUACCUUAGGAGCCCAUACCUUUGAAAAACGUAGGGUGGGCCUCGGAACCCGAGGUCUUGAAUGCAAACCCUGGGUUUGCCAUUUUGGGCAUAUUCUGGAUUUGACAUGCUGCAUGAAAACUUCCAACCGCUGCCGUUUUUGUCAUCCCGGCACCGCUCCAAUCCCAAGCGGAUGAUGGAGGAAUGGCAUUGCCUCCGCCUCGUUUCACAUUUCUGCAGCCAGGAGGAUGCUUUGGAUCGGCUGGUGGCCUUCUCCACGGAUAGGGAUUGGCUGCCCAACAACAAGGUUGAGUUCCGGACUCCCUCACCAACUCUUUUGGCAAGGCUCUUCGCCCUGGUCAUCACCAUUGCCAUCAGGAAUCUCAUCCGCCUUCCGACGCGAUGCACCUGAGCGCAGAGCGGAUGAUGCUGCCAAAGAGUGUUUCUUUAGUGGAUGAGAUGUUGCCUCUUGUGCGGCCUCACCCACCGGUUGAGUCGCGAUUUGGCUGCAGCACGGAUGAAGCUCCCGAACCCAUCAUGGCAGCCAGCUCCUCUGCAGUGGCCUUUGCGCGCUGGUCAAUUGGAAAACCUUUGCGGGUCUUCUUGAAAGCCUCGAUCCUGUCUGCCACAGCCCUAGCAAAUGGCAUUGGGUAGCAAAGUCAUCGACGAUGCAACGAAGCAGUGCCAGGAGAAUGGAAAGGACGAAGGCCUGCAGAUCGAGUUAAAUUGCUGAACUCUGGAGCUGAAUCGAUCCACCCUUUUGGAUUGAGGACCCAAUCAUUGAGAUCCAGACUGAAUCACUGGCUUUGGCCCGCCAAAACCAUGGAGAAAAGUGGCCAUGAAUGCGGCUGCAGCGGGGUGAGGUGUACAAUGUAAAGGUGUAAAGAUCGGGAAUCCCGUCAACUUUGUUGCAGCCAGCAUUUGUUGCCCUGUGUCACGUCUUAUAUUUGCAUGCUCAUACUAGUAUGUCCUAAAGUUCGAUAUCGUAUGUUGACAAUUUUGAAAUGUUGUGUUGCC